AUAUCUUAUAGCGGAGGCCGCGCAGCGCGCGGAGCCCCAUAGGUAUAGAAAUGGUCCGUCUAUAACUAGGCGACUCUUAACAGCGGUCAUAUCGCGACGCAUGCGUAAGAGCAAAGUCCAAGCGUGGCUAAUUUGCAUUGAUAAACACGGCUUUGACAAGCUUUAUGUAUUGAGCUGAAAAUACAAUGAAACGUUUUUGGAGCAGCUAAGAAAAGCGCUAAACAGCUAAGGCUCAAAUUUUCACAGUUAGUUCUUGUUGAUAUUUUCUAUGCAUUUCGAGUUUAUAGUUCCGCAAUCCUGUUUAUAUUUUGCACGGCGACGUGAUGAAGUUUGCGAAAGUUUGUCUUGCCGUCCUUGUUUUGACUGUAUGUGUUUGUGUCCGUGGUUCAUUUGGUGGAAAGUGUGAGAAAAGUGGAAAAACGAGGUCAACAGAAGACAAAUGUAGUGGCAUGCCGUGUUAUCAUGCUGAUAGUCGAUUGGCAAGGGCUGCUGGCAUCCGGGAGGGGUCUCUACUAUGCCUCGCACAUCGGAACGAAGCGACCAAAGAAGAUAAUAGAUGCUCGUUUCCCCUUUCUUCGCCGUCUCAAACACACAUUUCCUCGCUCAGGGACCUUCCAAGUAGGCUUUACGACGCAGUAGACGCCCUUGGAAAAGAGAACAUUCCAAAAUAUCGUUCUGGAACUAAGUGGUGCUCGGCAUGUAAAAGAAAUGGAGAAGCAACCCUAAAAGAAAAAGUCCCCGAAAAAUACGUCCCCCCAGCAAAAAGACAAUGCAAAAAAACAGACAAGCCACUCACAGAAAAUGAAUGUCCCACUAAGUCAAAACUUAACAAGAUUUGCAUGAUAGCAACAUCACCCGUUUUAAGGCUAUGCCAGUCUAUCCAGGACGCAAAAGACAACCUAGAAAGUGAUUCAGUCACAGUUACCAGACUCUCUGCCAUCCUUGCAAGGCUGGAACAAAACAUAAGGAUGAUAUUUUCGAGAAUGGAAAACCUCAAUGCAAGGCAGACCAUAGAGACCAAAUUUGGUCUGGUCGAGAUAGACAAUGAAGGCAAUGUCCAAAUAGAUAGCAGUGUUUGA